AACAUCUAACCUCUAAUCCCUUACUCUAAUGGCAACUCCAUCAUCUCUGCUUCUCUCAUUACUAAUAAUUCUAUAUUUAGCUUUGGAAUUCGACAUCGCUCGUUCCGAUCCCGACCCGCUUCAAGAUUACUGCGUAGCCGACCCGAAAGCCUCCACAUCUUCCUUCUUCAAUGGCAUUCCUUGCAUAAACCCUAAUUUAGCUAAUACACAACAUUUCACAACAUCGGCUCUAUCCCUACCUGGAAACACCAAAAACCUAUUCGGAUUCAGCGUUACACUAACAAACACCCAAAACUUACCCGGAAUCAACACAUUGGGCUUGACAUUGGCUCGAAUCGACAUCGGCGGCAGAGGGAUUGUGCCGCUCCACUCGCACCCGAGAGCCUCGGAAGUGACGAUUUGCUUGAUUGGGCGAAUGGUUGUGGGGUUUGUGGACACUUCGAAUCGGGUGUUUACGAAGAAAUUAGGGCCAGGAGAGUCGUUUGUUUUUCCGAAGGGAUUGGUUCAUUUCAUGUACAAUGAAGAUGUGAAGAACUCGGCUGUCGCGGUCUCUGGGCUUAACAGCCAAAACCCCGGCGCCCAAUUGGUGGCGUUGGCGGCGUUCGGUUCUAAACCUGAAAUCCCCGAAGAAGUGUUGAAGAAGUCUUUUGAAAUUAGCGAAUGUGAGAUCGCUCAUAUUCGUAAGAGUCUUGGCGGGUGAUGUAUUUAUAUGAAACUAAUUUAUGUAAAAUCCAAUCAAUAUGUUGUGUAUACUAUAUGGAUAACGUUGUCGUGAUAUUGUUGAUAAA